AUGACAAGGCAAUGGAAAGGGGAAUGGGCAGCUGAUAACCACCUUUUCUCUCGUCUCUCCCACUUGCAGAAAAAGAGGAGGGCAGCCACUGCCCGUCGGCAGCACCUGAAGAGUGCUAUGCUCCAGCUUGCUGUCACUGAAAUAGAGAAAGAAACAGCUGCUAAAGAAGUGGAAAAGCAAAACUACCUGGCAGAACAUUGCCCUCCUCUGUCACUCCCAGGAUCCAUGCAGGAACUUCAGGAGCUGUGCAAAAAGCUUCAUGCUAAGAUCGACUCAGUGGAUGAGGAGAGGUAYGACACAGAGGUGAAGCUACAGAAGACCAACAAGGAGCUGGAAGACUUGAGCCAGAAGCUCUUUGACCUGCGUGGCAAGUUCAAGCGGCCGCCGCUGCGCAGGGUGCGCAUGUCCGCCGACGCGAUGCUGCGGGCCCUGCUGGGCUCCAAGCACAAGGUCUGCAUGGACCUCCGAGCCAACCUGAAGCAAGUGAAGAAGGAGGACACUGAGAAGGAGAAGGAUCUCCGCGAUGUCGGUGACUGGAGGAAGAACAUUGAGGAGAAGUCUGGCAUGGAGGGCAGAAAGAAGAUGUUUGAGGCUGGCGAGUCCUAAGCACCCGCGUCUCCACAGCUCUCCUCCUCUCCCCGCUGUCCCCGCUGYGCCGCCGGGCUCAGGGGCGCUGACYGGSUGCCAUUUCUCUCUAGUUUUGCCAAGAGCUGCAUCGUGGCAGCACUGAUGUAAAUAAAGCUUU